AUGUCUAACUCUCUAGAUACCAAUGGGGACGGUUGCUCAACAGAUUCUGCAUCCAGCGAGGAUUUCGAUGUCGUCGUCAUUGGCGCCGGACUCGCCGGUCUAACAGCAGCUCGCGAUAUCCUCAAGGCAGGUCUAUCAUGUAUCAUCCUAGAAGCCAGAGAUCGCGUCGGCGGCAAGACUUGGAGUCAAGAGCUUCCCGAUGGAAAAGGAACCGUUGAUCUAGGAGCUGCUUGGAUCAACGAUGUGAAUCAGACUCAAGUGUAUGCGUUGGCCAAGCAAUACAAUGCUGAGUUCAUCGAGCAAAACACUAUCGGCAAUUGUGCUAUUCAAGAUGCCAGUGGUAAAGUCUCAAGUUUUGCAUAUGGUGAAUUGCCACCUGUAAGUUUUGGACUCCAUCUGUACGGAGUGAACCAUGGGCUAAUUUACCNNCAGUUCGAUGAUGCAGCAAAGGAAGAUGUUGUACGUAUCCGCGACAUGUGCGAAGCAGAUUGUCAAAAUUUGGACACGUUCAAUCCUAGCGACAAGACUCUGGACUCGAUGAGUUUUGAAGCAUAUCUCCAAUCACGAGGCGCCAGUGAAACGAGCAUGUCUACAGCGACCGUCUGGACACGGGCGAUGCUUGGACAAGAACCCAAAGAUCUGUCGGCAUUGUACUUUCUGAAUUACUGCAAAUCUGGAGGUGGUCUUUUGCAGAUGCGGUCGGACCGCAAAGGUGGUGGCCAGCAUCUUCGUGUUCGUCAGGGCAUGCAGUUGUUUUCGAAAGGACUGGCCAGUGAUAUGGCAGAUGGUGUGAUACGUCUAUCAACCCCGGUGACGGCAAUCAAGAACAAUACUGGAAGUGGCGCUGUCGAAGUACACACUGGAGAUUCAGUCAUACGUGCCCACAAAGUCAUCACAACCGUCCCAACACCAGUCCUCAAGAACAUUUCCUUUUCGCCAGACUUACCCUCGAGCAAGCGAACAUGGAUCGAAUCGACAACUUACGGUUACUACACAAAAGCCAUGAUGGUCUUCCGCACACCAUUCUGGGUCGAGAGUGGUUUCUGCGGCCUCACACAAUCAUUCAUCGGUCCCGCAGGCGUAAUACGCGACACCAGUUCUCCAGCAGAUAACAAGCACAUCUUGACCUGUUUCCUAGGCGGCUCCCCUGGCUUCGCAUGGUCAUCUCUAUCAGAAGCGGACCGCGAACAGAGUCUCCUAAAGCAAAUCGGUCAACUGUUCAACGCUAAAGACAUUGUUGAGAACGAGUUCAUUCAACUGGUUACUUAUGAAUGGAUCAAGGAUGAAUAUUCUGGUUGGGGAUGUCCUUGCACUGGAUUGCCUCUUGGUGUGCUUUCUUCGCUUGGAGGCGGAAGUUUGAGGGAGCCAUGGAACGAUUUGCAUUUUGCUGGUACAGAGACUGCUGGAGAGUGGAAGGGGUAUAUGGAAGGUGCUGUGCGGAGUGGCGAGCGUGCGGCCGCGGAAGUCAUCAAAGAUCUUCGGAUAUAA